ACUUUUAAGGUUCCCUGUUUUUGUCUCUUAUGUCGUUUUUAAUGUUUAACUUUCCCGCCCCUCUCCAUGCUGCAGCAUCCAAACAUGCUUGGGAAAUAUCCACAUUUCGUACAGCACAACUCUCCAGUCACGCCGUUUGCAAGUCUUGCACUUGUCAUUGUGAAAACACCAGUAAACAUAGUAAUAAUAGUAAUAUUAAUAAUAACAGUAAUUUCUGCAACUACUACUACUACUGCCAUUAGAAAGUUAGACGAAGACAGCGAAAUUAGUAAAAGUAUCACCGACGCAAGCUGCAGAAGACGAAGGAAAUCGACAGCGAAAAUAACAACGAAAGCAUUGAAAACAACAACAACAGCAACAACGAUAACAACCGGAAUAAUAAUAAUAAUAAUAAUAACAACAACAACAACGAGAAAGACAGCAGCAGCAGCAGUUGAAAUUUCAUUCAGACAAACAGCAGCAACAGCAGCAUCGGGAGCAGCACUAUCGUUAUCAGCAAUAGCGGUGGCAUCUUCUGCAGUAACGACAGCGGUAGCAACAGAAACAUUUGAAAGAGCAGCAGCAGUAAUAAUAGUAACAGCAGCAGCAGUAGAAGCGACAAAGUCAGCCGCCACAGCAACACCUGCAGUGGUAUCAUCAUCACCAUCGAAGAAAAAUAGCAGAGCGACUGCCGGUUUGGGAGACGACAGUAUCAGAGCAGCUAGCGACGGCAGUAGAAACUGCUGUGUAGCUGCAUGAGCAGCAGCAGCAGCGGCAGUGAAAGCAGUGGAAUUGCAGUAGUAUUCUUAAACACCGGUUUCAACAACCACAACAACAGCAGCAGCGAGUAGUAGAGUAGCGAAGAAGCAGUAGAAAGAGUAGCGGUAUUGGUGUUCAAGAUGGCGGACCUGGAGAGUAGUCUGACCGCGAUGGACUGGCUACCGCGUCUUAGUGUGGGAGGGGCCAUGACGGGAACAGGAGUCGGGGGUGCAACCGCCGGAAAUGCUGGCGCCGGUUGCAUUACUAACAACGGUGGGGCCCUUAUGAGGACUGUGGAUAGCCAGAUGGGGCUUCAAAAGUCGGCCGUGUCGGCUUAUCAACACCAUCACACCCACCACAACCCUCCACCACCGCCACCACCUCCUCACCUAAAUAACAACACGCCGGGCGGCGGCGGUGGUGGUGGAGGAGGCGGCGGUGGCGGCGGCGGCACCACGGACGGUGGCGGUGGCGCCGGCGGUGGAUGUCCGCCGCUCUCGCAACCGCCACAUCCUCAUAGCAUUAACAACGGCAACCACCAUCACAACAGCAACAACAAUCACCACAACAACCACACUAACAACAACAACAACCAGCAACAACACAACAACUCUAGCAACCACCACCACAACAACAACCCACACCUCCCCCACCAUCAGCAACAACAAGCACAACACCACCACCUACAACAACAACACCAUCAGCCACCACCACUACCACCACCACCACCACAACAACAACACCAUCACCCCCACGCUGCCAGAGACGGCAAACCGCCCUAUAGUUAUGCCAGUUUGAUAACAUUUGCAAUAAACAGCUCCCCGAGGAAAAAAAUGACUUUGAGUGAGAUUUAUCAAUGGAUAUGUGAUAACUUCCCUUAUUACCGGGAUGCUGGGAACGGAUGGAAGAAUUCUAUAAGACAUAAUCUGUCAUUGAAUAAAUGUUUCUUAAAAGUGCCACGGUCUAAAGACGAUCCUGGGAAGGGAUCAUAUUGGGCUAUUGACAAUAAUCCAUCAGAUGACCCGGUUCCAUCUCGGCAGAAAAGAAGGCGACUCAAUGAAAGAGCAUCUCCAUACAGUCCAGAACCAACAAUGAACAGUCAUCAAAUGAACUCUCCAACACUGAAUGCAAUUAAUAUGCAUCCAGCCACAACCCAGGGUAACCAGGUAGCUUCAUUACCAUUCAUGGAAGAAAACUCACCGCCAGAGAAUUUGAGUGCAUCAUUCCGCAGCUUAUAUAAAUCUGUUUUUGAACAACAUAAUAAUGGUCAACAGAAUAAUACAUCAGAAUUUAUUCAAAACUUUGAUAAUUUGAAAGAAAAUGUGCGACUAGCAAGUAGCUGUGAUUGGCAGAAUAUUGAUGUUUCUCAUUUCCAAGGUCUUGUUGAAAACAUCCGUCUAGCUGAUAUGAAUAACUGGUCUUUAAGUCCUGAGCAGUUUGCUGACUUAGCAUCUUCUUUGAAUAGCUUCUUCAGUCAAACUGGGCUGUCGUCUCCUUGUCUAAGUGAAGUAGGCUCCCAACCAAUGACGUCCAUCCAAUAUGACGACAGCCACCAGAAUCCAGGUCCAGCCGUAGCUGACAUGAGGGGUGCACAUUUCUGGCUAUGUAGUCCUAACUCGUACUGUGACACAAACCAAACAGCUAUGGUAGAUCCUCUCAUGAAUAACCAGUCAUGUCUAGCAAUACCUACUGAUAGGAACAAUAUGAACCACCAGCAAGCAGGGAAUUACAUGAACCAUCCACUUCCUCCGAUACCAAGAGCAAAUACCAGAUAUAUAACCAACGACGAGAUUGAUGAUGAGUUCAACUGGGACAAACUGCUAUGAAAUUUCAAAUUUUUAACAUUGCAAUAUAUUAAAUGUACAACAAGACAGUAACAGUUAUGUACUGGGGUUGGACAAAGGUUUCAAUUUAACAUUCCCACAAUGCAUCUUUGAUGGGAACAGAAAAAGUUUGAAAAAAAAAUAAUCCACAAAAACAAUUUAAAAAACAAAAACAAUACCAGUGUAAUACUGGUCAUUUGAUUUUAAUAUUUCCCAUAAUGCAUUCUUGAUGGGACUAACAAUUAUUAUAGAAGACAAAGGUGUUUGAAAAAGACAAAAAAUAUUACAAAUUAAAUGAGGAGUUGAAAAGAAGCUAUAAAAAGUUUUUAAAAAUUAAUAAAAUUGAAACAAAUAAAAGACAAAAAAAAACAAUAAAAAGGUGCCAUUUCUGCACUUCCUGUUUGAGACAGGCAAAAACAACAACAAAAAGAAAGAAAAAUACUAAACAAAUACCAAAAAAGAAAAAAAACAAUAUUAAUAUAUUCCAUGUAGAAUCUAUUCUUCACACACUGUUUUAAACCUAUGCACCACACACACCAACACACACACACACACAUAUAUAUAUACACGCACAUGCAUACUACAGACAUGCUUAUACAAACAUAUGUACAUAUAUACACAUUCACUCAAACACACCAGAUUAUCUGUUCAAUUCAGGUUAACAGCUGAUAAGCUAUUGAGUCUAAACCCUGUAAAACGAUUCAUUUGAUGCAUCAUUCUCUUUUUAUCUAUCUUUCUAUCUAUUUACCUAUCUAACUUUCUAUCUCUGUCUCCUAUCUGUCUAUUAAUUUACAAAUUUCUAUGUCUUUUCAAUGCUAUCUCUCUCUCUCUCUCUACCUAUCUAUCAGUCUAUCCAUUAAUUUAGAAAUUUCUAGGUCUUUCCAAUGCUGUCUAUCUCUCCUCUUGAUACAUAUAUACAUAUUCACAUAUACACGUGUAUGUGUAUAUAUAUGUUUACAUCAUAUGAAUUUAAGAACUUUGAGAGAUGUGAAAUAAUUCGUUUUUAAAUAGAGGGGUAAAAAAAAAUACCUUUGAAUAGUAAAAAAUCAAAGGCUGCUCGUUCCACCAUUAAAAACGAAUUUUAUAUAUACACAUACAUAG